AUGCUAAAUAUUGAUUUGGAAAACGCAUGGUAGAUAAUAGGAUAAACGCUGAAACGAAUAUAUUUCCAGUAUUUUAUUUUGCUUCUUGUUAUUAUUGGUUAUUUAUGUAGUCUUUUUACAUUGCUCAAUAUGCAGUUUAAAAUAAAGCAUGACAUUGCUCCAGUCUCAUACGUAUUACAAAUGAUGAAAUAUUAUCUGCUUUUGUUUCCAUUCCAUUAUUCUUUUUUUUGAUACGUAUUACGUUUGUAAAUAAUCUAAAUUGGCUACAUCUGGUUUGACUUACGAAUGAUAAUGCUAAGAUUUGCAAUAUAAAUACAGUAUUAAACACGCCAUAAAUUGGAUGUACUUUAAAUUUUGUGAAUGUCACCGAUUAUCCAGAGCUGAACGUUUCAAUAUGCAUGAAUGUAUGGAAUUCUUAUUGCAAUAACACAAAAGUUUAAGAAAUAACAUGAAAUUUGGAUUAAGUGACUUGUUCAUUUCGGUCAACAGAUCUCGACAAAUCGUAUUCUACGUUCCAUUUGCUUUACUUUUAUGCGCCGUAGCGGGCUUCUUCGUGGAAUAUAAAUUUAUGCUCCAGUUCAAACAGUCGAGUCCAAGUGUUAAACUUGAAGGAGGUAAUUUGAAUACUUUGCAAAGACAACUGGACAAUCUGUUAAUUCGAUACAAACCUUUCCGAGCAUGUAGAGACAGCGUGUCAGCCUCUGAUCCAACGCGUUCUAAAAUUCAACUGAAAGGAAAUCACGUGAUAAACCUCGGAGAUACUAUUCGCCUUAAUGUUAUUCUUUUCGAUGGAUAUGGCAAAGCGAAGUCGACUGGAGGUGAUCACUUGCGUGCAAGGUUGUUUGCUUACUCGUUUGACGCUUUUGCGCCUUGCACUGUUUUAGACAACAGGAAUGGCACAUAUACUGUAACUGCCGAAGCGUUGUGGACAGGAUGGUCCAAACUUGAGGUUGACGUAUUAUUUCCAAAAGAAAUAAUAGCAACUGCAUUGCGCAUAAGGACAACAUGGGAUUUCUCCGACAUAGAGGUGGCUUUUCACAAUCUAAAUGUUUUCGGGACAUCGAUGUGUAACCCAAAUAAAGUCAUGCUGGAAAAAAAGUCAGAAACAGACAUUAUAUGCAAUUUCUCCUACUGGAAUAAAACAAUGCCAUGGUUUUGCGCGAAACCACAUGGUCGAAACAUAUCAUGUAAACAUUGGGUUAGCAUUGGGCGUUCAUGGACUAACUACACAAAUACCCUAAGCAAAUGCGAACAGGAGUUAAGUGGCAGGGCUAAUGCAACAAUACCAACGGAAACAUUUAUAAAAGUACUUCCAAUACACUCUGCACAUUCUCAAGUCACAGUGGAUCAACCAAAUAUUGCAUGUGCAGAUUACAAUAAAUCAAAAUUAUGGUACAGACUGAAGCCUACUGGUUAUUUUUACAAUGGGACUUGGAUUCUGCGGCAUUGCAAAGGCCUUUCUACUUUUGAUGGAAACUGCCUUAGAAAUAAGAUUAUAUACUUUUGGGGCGACUCAACACUACAACAAUGGUUAAUCUAUCUGAAGUCUAUAUUGACAUUCGAGUGUAAAGUCGUAAUGAAAGAAACACGUCACUGGAGGAUGAAAAAGACAUGUUAUUGCCACCAAUACAACAUAACAUUAAACUGGAUGCCACAUAAUAUUCCAAUCUCAAAUUUUUCUGUUGAAAAUCCUAUGGAUUUUUUCUCAAAAACAUUUUGUGAAGAGAUAUGCAAUGAAAGAAAGGAUAGUGAUGUUAUAUUGAUUAUUACUUUAUAUCUACAUAUACAAAUGUAUUCGCCUAGGUUUUUUGCUCUUCAUAUGGUAGAAAUAAGAAGAUGUGUAGAAAGCAUCUUUAAAAAUAAUCUCAACGUACGAGUGUUUAUAAAGUUACCUCACACCCAUAAUAAGGUUAAAAUUAAAGAUGUGCUGAUAAAACAACCAGAUAUCAUCGGUUACAUUUUUACAGAUAUCAUAAGGAAGGUAUUUAAAGGAUUAUAUCUAAAGGUAAUCGUAUUAGAUAACCAGGAUGCCACACGAGCUGUAAAAAAUGUACCAAUUCAUCCUGGACAAAUAGUUGUUAGGGCAAUGGUAAAUCAAUUUUUAAGCUAUAUCUGUCAUGAUUCUAAAAGUUCUUCUGUCUAAUAAGGGUUUUGUAAAUGAACCCGAUAAUGGUCAUGUUUACAGGCAAGCCCAAUAUUUGGAAACAAAUCUGAAUAUUCUUAGUAAUAAAUGUAUGUUCCUUUCAACAGGACGAAAUAUAUUUUUUUACAUCCAUUAGGCUUGUGAUUUCUACAAAGUGCCAAUAGAAAUACCAACGUAGAACGGAUUAUUUUUUUUAAGAAUAAAGUAUCUUUUUUCAAGUCAAUGUAUUAAUAAAUUCUGUUUUACGCCCCAGCCCCCGCACACCCCUCCCGCAUACACGACAAUUAUAUGAAAGCCUGUGCUACCAAUAACUCAUAUACCAAUGGAACCUAGAAGUGGAGAUGAACUUUAAAAGAAUCACUUACCAUGCAAGCUCAUUUAAGUAAUAUUUGAAAACCAAUAUAUGUCUUUUCUUAUAGACGACUGUUUUGUCCAAAACAGUACAGUAUAUAUGUUAACUUAGACGGGAGAUAAUGUCAUGCUAUCUCAUACGUGUGAUGAUGGUAUAUACUUUUGAUAUUUGGUUGACUAACUUUAAUAUGUCGGUCAAUGUGUAAUACUUAUGACUGGAUAAAUAUUGCUUACAUUGCUUCAAGACUGUAUUUCAACCUCGGACAUUUUCCUAUUCAGAUUGCAUAUCCAUUUAAGAAAAAACUGAUCAAGGGCUACACUUCUGAAAUAGCGUAAAACAGAUAGUUAAAGCCCAUUAUUUUCUUGUUAUAUUCAAAUAAACUUUACACGUUUAUUUACAAAAUGGAUUACUUUGUAGACAUUUCUCAUUCUCAUUUUUAUUGCAAAAUGAACAUUAAUCAUUUUUACGUUUUGAACAUCUUUCCCCCCAACAAAAUAUU